ACGACUACAUCAUCUCAGGUAUUUUUAGAUUAAGUAAGCCUAAAUUCACUGGAAGGUUUAUGUUUAGUCAGUGAAGUUUUGCGUUGCUUUCAAUUUGGGUAAAGGGGCUUAUCAUUUUUAACACUUAGGCCUAUAUUUUUGAUCAGAACCAAUAUUUCAUCUGUCCGUUUCUCAAGCAGUUUGUUCAUCGAACACUGACGUGGUGUCUUGACUGUUAUGUGAAGCAAGAUGCCAAAAAGGAACCCUGUAUAGCACAUAAGGUAGACACUGGGAGGGCCAAGCUGAGCGUCUGCUCUUUGACUUGAACAUUUUAACCAGCUGAACAGAUGAGACUUGGACAAGGCAGUGUCCAUCAUGUGCAGCAUUGAUCCCAGCCUCUGAGCUCUCGGCGAGCUCUCCCCUCAGGACUAAAGAUCACGGUGGUGUUACCAGUUAUUCCUCGGUGUGUCAAUCAUGAACUCCAUUAAGUGUGUUCUGGUAGGGGACAGCGCAGUCGGGAAGACUGCUCUACUUGUUCGCUUCACCUCUGAGACUUUUCCAGAAAUGUAUAAACCCACCAUUUAUGACAACACAGGAGUAGAGGUGUUCAUGGAUGGUGUGCAGAUCAGCUUGGGAUUGUGGGAUACGGCUGGAAAUGACACCUUUCGGCAUGUUCGGCCUAUGUCCUACCAACAGGCAGACGUGGUCCUUAUUUGUUACUCAGUGGCCAAACCGCCAUCUUUUGCUAGUGUGCGGCAGAAGUGGAUAGCGGAGGUUCGAGAGCAUCUUCCUCGUGUCCCAGUGCUUGUAGUGGCCACACAGACAGACCAGCGUGAGAUGGGCCCUCACCGGGGUAGUUGUUACUCCGCAGCAGAUGGGAAGCGGCUGGCCCAGGAGAUCCGAGCCAGGGGCUACCUGGAGUGCUCUGCGCUUAGCAACCGUGGUGUCCAGCAGGUGUUUGAGUGUGCUGUGAGGACAGCAGUCAACCAGUCCAAGAAGCGCUCGCGCCGCCGCCUCUUCAGCUUUGACCUCUGCAAGACUUCGUAACCCUGACUUGUUGGCGUACCUCAUUAAGAUGUCACUCUCAAACACGAGCAUGCACAGAGCUAUGCUCAGAGCUUUCCAGUUGUAUGUUUAUAGACACUAAAUCAAUUGAUCUUCAUAUGAACGUGAAGAACAAGUUUUACUGAGAAGAAAAAUGAGCCUAAAUGCUUAUGGUUCACUUUUGAACUCCCCAAUGUUGUCAUGUCUGUUUCACCAGUGAAACUCCCUCUCAAGACUGACUUUGUGUUCUUGGAGAGUGAUUGAUUAAAAUUCAUCAGAUGAAUUGUUUAAAUCAAUCUAUGAAAAUACAGCAACUCAAAUUAAACUUCCAUUUUCAGAGCAUAGUUUAUGUGAAAUACUCAUAGAUUGAUUCCCCACACAGAGUUUAAACAGGAUAAAAUGGCAUUUAAAUGAAAACAACAAAAUCAACAACAGAAAUGUAAUCAAUGGACUGUAAAUGUAAUCAAUGGAUCUGUUUUCGGUUAUUUUAUCAAAAAAUUAAAUAUAAUGUUACGGAAGGAGAAUGGACUUGAAAAUGGACCAAAGUAUUAAAAUAUUCCUGUUUUCGUGAAAGCACUAUAUGAUUUUUAGAAAUAUAUGUCUUUUGGAGUUAAAUGAUUGCUCACCUGAAUAAACAGAGUAAUUAUUUCACUGA